GUUAAAUAAGUAGAAUCAUUGUCUGUCUCUUAAGUAGGCUAAAUCCAUGCAGAGAACACAUAUUAACUAACAUAUCGAAGCUUCGCCUGAUUAUUCUUCGACAACUCUUUUUUGAAUAAUUAUUGUUUAUAUUUAGCUUUAGAUAAUUUAGAAUUAAAUACAAUGGAUCCUCGAAUACAUAGAAGAACAGAACAAGAAAAAGGACCGGGCGAUUUGAUAGUUGAAUGGUUAAAUGAGGCUUCCCAAAAUCUAAGAGAAGAUGUAAAAGUCACAAAUUUAUGUAAAGUUCAAGAAAUCUUAAUAAACAAAGAACCUCAAUUACUUCCAUUAUAUUUGGACGAAACAUUACAAUUUUCUUUAGAUAGAAAUGCAGAAGUUAAGAAAACAGUUACAGGUUUCAUAGAAGAAGCUGGGGUAAAACAACCAGAAAUAAUUCCACGUGUAGUUCAAGUACUUUUAAGAUUAGUUUCUGACGAAUCAUCAGCUGUUGCUAAAAGGGCUCUUAGAGCUAGUGGGAGAAUAUUGAGAGCAGCAUUAAAAUGGAUAUCCAGUGCUACUACUGUUACACCAGAGAUGGAAGUAGCAUGGAAUCAACUUAGUACUCUUAAAGUUCAAAUUAUAAAUAUGAUCGAUAGUGAUAAUGAUGGAAUUAGAACACAAGCUGUAAAAUUUCUCGAAGGUGUUGUUCUAAUACAAACAUACCCAGAUCCAGAUAUUCCAAAAAAACCAGAUGAUUUUUCAUUGGAAGAUAUUCCACUAACAUUAAAAAUAGCACGUAGACGAAAAUUAGAGGAAGAGGCAAAUGAUGUAAUGGAUUUGUUAAUUAAAUUUCAUGGUUCUCCACAUGUUAGCAGUGUCAAUUUAAUGACAUGCAUGGGAUCUUUAGCAUUGAUUGCUAAAACAAGACCUCAAUUUAUGUCAGGUGUAAUACAAGCUUUACAAAGAUUACAACAUGAUCUACCACCCACAUUAUCUGAUUCUCAAGUAACUAGUGUGCAAAAGCAAUUAAAAUUAACCCUGUUAGGAUUAAUGAAACAUCCAGCUAGUAUAGAAUUUGCAUCUACAAUAGCUAAACAAUUAACACAAUUGGGAGCAAAAGAACAAGAAAUUCUUAAAGCUUAUCCAAAACCAGAGGAAAUUCGACGUAUGAAAAAACGUCAACAAGAGGCAGCUGCAUCUUCUGCUGCAAAACGCGUUAAAAUUGAAGCUCCUGUAAUACCAGAUGAACCAGAAAUUGUGUCUAACGUAGUGCCCACCUCAAAAUUACCAGAAUUGAUUGAACUUUCAGAAAGCUUUAUUGCGGAAAGAUUAAGCGUAGAAAUUGCUACAGAUUUAGUAAUGGAUAGCAUGGCAUGGGUUCCUGACACAAUGACAACCAUCUUUCAAAGAGAAUAUCUGCCUACUUCCACUACUGAUAUAAAUAUUCAGCGACAAACGAUUGCUAAAUUAUUAGCAUCACAAAUAAAACAAGCUAAAACAAAGAAAAAAAAAGAUGCCAAGGAUGAAGAUGCUGUAAUGGAAGAUUUAGUAAAAAAUCCUACUAUUAGUGUAGCAGAAGCGAAACGAGAACGUAAACGUGAAAAGGACAGAGAAAAAGAGAAAGAAGCAAAAGCUUCUUUAGAAGCACAUGAAAAGUCACUAGCAAAAGCAAGAACGCGUUUAAAAGCGUUAAAAUUAUCUGAAGUUACAAAACCAUUGUCAAAAGAAGUAAAAGAAAAGAUGUUACUGAUGGCUGUAAAUCGAAUUUUACUUUCUGAAAAAACAGCAGUAUUUGGUGGUGUGGCAGCCAUAAGAUCAAAAAUUUUAACCACUCUAGCUGCAACAUUUAAUCCAUAUAUUAAAGAAGCAGUGUUACGUUAUAUUACUGAUGAUAUGAGAAAUCGUUUAGACUUAGCUUUAGGUUGGUUGUAUGAAGAAUAUGCAUUACUUCAAGGUUUUCAAAGACGAACUACGUUAUGUACAAAGCCUCAAGAAGCUCCGCAUCAAGCUUACAACUUUUUGUUAUGUACUUUAGUAUCCGCAAUAGAUUUAGUUCAAGGCAAAGAUCGCGACACAUUGCUAUAUAGGCUGUACUUGGAAGCUCCUUUAAUCACUGAAGAUGCUGUUGAAGCUUUAAAAAUGGUAUCUUCUGAUGAAACAAGAGGAUUAGUGCCAUUGCAGUUGUUAAAAGAAAUGGUUGUUCGUCGACCAACAAAACAAUUAGUUUUCCUAAAUGUAUUAUUAUGUCAUACUGGCCAUGAAAAUAAUACUAUAAGGGAAGCUGCUAUACAAUUAGUAUGUCAGCUAUAUAGCCGUCCCGAAUUGAGUAAACUCAUUGAAGAGUACGCGGUUCUUUAUUUAGGUUUCCUACGACUUCAUACACCACCCGAAAUCGUCUUCGGACAAGAUCGAGGUAGGCCACAAGUAGAGACCCAAUGGACUGAAUCAACUACAAGAGCUUGCCUUGGAUUAUAUCUUGCUCUGUUGAGUGAACAUCAAGAUUUAAUUCAUGAAUUGGCGAGAGUUUAUACAUCCAUGAGUCCAGAUGUAAAACGUAUGGUCCUUAGAUUAGUAGAAGGACCUGUAAGAUCUUUGGGAAUGGGCAGCCCACAAUUACUGGCAUUAGUUGAAAAUUGCCCUAAAGGCGCUGAGACACUAGUUACAAGAAUUAUUCAUAUCCUUACAGAAAAAUCUGCACCAAGCGUAGAAUUAGUAGCAAGGGUGCGAGAACUUUAUCAAACUAGAGUUUCAGACGUUCGAUUUUUAAUACCAGUUCUAAACGGUUUAACAAAGAAAGAAGUUAUAGCUGCUCUUCCAAAACUCAUAAAGUUAAAUCCUAUUGUAGUUAAAGAGGUAUUUAACAGACUGUUAGGCACUCACAAUAAUGAAAGUGGUGUACCUCAUACAUCUCCUAUUACACCUGCUGAAUUAUUAAUUGCUUUACAUAAUAUAGAUCCAAGCAAAGCAGAAUUAAAGACAAUUAUAAAAGCCACGUCUCUAUGUUUUGCGGAAAAACAAAUAUAUACGCAAGAAACUGUAGCUGUUGUAAUGCAACAUCUUAUGGAGAUGACACCGCUUCCCACAUUAUUGAUGCGAACAGUGAUACAAAGUUUGGCAUUAUAUCCCAGGUUAAGUGGAUUUGUUAUGAAUAUACUUCAACGGUUAAUUCUUAAGCAAGUUUGGAAACAGCCAAAAGUUUGGGAAGGUUUUGUAAAAUGUUGUGAGCGUACGCAACCGCAAAGUUUUGCGGUUAUAUUACAACUUCCUCCAGCACAAUUGGCCGAAGCGUUAAAAAUGGCAAGCAAUUUACGAGCACCCUUAUUAGCACAUGUCGAAGCCUUUGCCGAAAAUCAGAAAGCGCACAUUCCGCAGUCAAUAAUGGAUGUCAUUCAGGGUAAAUCACCUUGCGACAUUCAUGAUGAAUUUGACAUUGCACCACCCGGUGAUUAUCUGAACGAACAAAAACCAGAUAUAAUGGAAACUGAUGUUUCAGAACCAGCUCCACCUGGUUUAGAUUAG